UGCGAGGACAGCGACCCUCCGCCGGAAGUCAGGAAGGCUCUUUCUGACGCCGGGAAGAGUGAGCGUGGGGUUUUCCCGGUCUUGCGGCAGUAUCCUGCUUUCCUCUAUUCUGGUUACCUUUGGAAGAAAUGUCUUCUAUAAAAAGAAGCCCAAAGCAAGAAAUAAUUUCCCAGUUUCACUAUUCAGCUGCAGAAGGAGAUAUUGCCAGGUUAACCGUAAUCCUCAGUCAUUCUCCAUCUCUUCUCAACGAAACUUCUGAAAAUGGCUGGACUGCUUUAAUGUAUGCCGCAAGGAAUGGACACCCAGAUGUUGUCCAAUUUCUACUUGACAAAGGGUGUGACAGAUCCAUUGUCAAUAAAUCAAGGCAGACUGCACUGGACAUUGCUAAAUUUUGGGGUUAUAAGCAUGUAGCUAACUUACUAGCUAAUGCUAAAGGUGGGAUGAAGCCUUGGUUCCUAACUAAGGAAGUGGAAGAAUGUGAAAAUUAUUUUAGCAGAACACUAUUAGACCGAAAAAGUGAAAAAAGAAAUAAUUCUGACUGGCUAGUAGCUAAAGAAAGCCAUCCAGCCACAGUUUAUAUCCUUUUCUCAGAUUUAAAUCCCUUGGUUACUCUAGGUGGCAAUAAAGAAAGUUUCCAACAGCCGGAAGUCAGGCUUUGUCAGCUGAGCUACACAGAUAUAAAAGAUUAUUUGGCUCAGCCUGAAAAGAUCACCUUGAUUUUCCUUGGAGUAGAACUUGAAGUGAAGAAAGAGUCAUUUAAUUAUGCUGGAGAAGUCCCAAGAGAAGAAGAUGGGUUGGUUGCCUGGUUUGCUCUAGGUAUAGAUCCUGUUGCUGCUGAAGAAUUUAAGCAAAGGCAUGAAAAUUGUUAUUUUCUUCAUCCUCCAAUGCCAGCUCUUCUGCAGUUGAAAGAAAAAGAAGCUGGGGUUGUAGCUCAAGCAAGAUCUGUUCUUGCCUGGCACAGUCGAUAUAAGUUCUGCCCAACGUGUGGAAGUACAACUAAAAUCGAAGAAGGUGGCUACAAAAGAGUAUGCUUAAAAGAAGGCUGUCCUAGCCUCCAUGGUGUUCACAAUACAUCCUAUCCAAGAGUUGAUCCCGUGGUAAUCAUGCAAGUUAUUCAUCCAGAUGGGACCAAAUGCCUUUUAGGCAGGCAGAAAAGAUUUCCCCCAGGCAUGUUUACUUGCCUUGCUGGAUUUAUUGAACCUGGGGAGACAAUAGAAGAUGCUGUUCGGAGAGAAGUAGAAGAGGAAAGUGGAGUCAAAGUUGGCCAUGUUCAGUAUGUCUCUUGUCAGCCAUGGCCAAUGCCCUCCUCCUUAAUGAUUGGUUGCUUAGCUGUGGCAGUGUCUACAGAAAUUAAAGUUGACAAGAAUGAAAUAGAGGAUGCCCGCUGGUUCACUAGAGAACAGGUUGUGGAUGUUCUGACCAAAGGGAAGCAGCAGGCAUUCUUUGUGCCACCAAGCCGAGCUAUUGCACAUCAAUUAAUCAAACACUGGAUUGGAAUGAACCCCAAUCUCUAAAUCAAAUAACUAGACUUUGAAUAUUAAUUGACUUCUAAUACCACUUAUUCCUCAAGUGAGAAUAGAAAUAAUCUGGUGCUUUUUAGAAUGUCACAACACAAAAUACCAUACUAGGAUUCAGAAAUAUUUUCAACAUGUACUUUCCAUCUUAACCAUAGAAUUUGUAUUUUUAUAAAAUACAACACUACCUCAGAUUUUUUUAAAUCUGAGUUAGCCUUCUCCAAACAUUUUUUUAGAUUGUGCUUCACAGUUCUGUCUCACUAAACCAUAUUUCUAAUAAAAAAAAAAAAUCAUGUCGUAAAGAUGUAUGUUCUAAAAAUGUAAACAAACCUGAAUUCCAGUGCCUCUUUUAAGCAUUAGACCAAUCACUAUAUUUCUGUUUUUGAGAAAUGAGACAAAAUAAUUUUAAUGAAUUUUAAGCUUCAUUUUCAGUCUUUUCAUUACUACAAAGAUUCUUUCAGUUGUCAGUAGCUGAUUUUUGCUCACUUCCCAUUGUAUUCCAUUUUUUGUUCUGGCUCCUUUGUUCUAGCAGUGGUGCUAUUAUAGUGUUGCCACUAGUCUGCUUUGAUCAGUGUUAAGAAUUUUCUACGUUAACAACUGCAGUGAUCAGAAUAUUGUGCCUUCAUGGAAGGAGACCUUAAGUGAGAGCGUACCACUGUGUAUGCGACUUCCCCCUGAAACCUAAAAUCAAUUAAUCUGUUAUACUCAAAGUUGUUCUUAAGACAAAUCAGAAUUCUCUGCUUUUUCACUGAAAUUAAAUGUAUUUGAAAGGAAUUCACCUCAAAAAUCAGAUGCUAAAUAUUUCCCAGAUUUACGUAUUCAAUAAAAACACUGGCUUUAUGUCAUUUUGUGAUAAGGGAUAUAUCUGCAUUAGCAAAAAAUUAUGUAAUCAUUACUAAUAUUAAACUCAAAUGCAACAUUUUGAUUUUAGCCCUCUUUCAGCGUAUUCUAAGAAGCCUUUAUAAAAUAAGUGUAUUUUAGAACUGAAUCAGAGGAAAAUAGUAAUUCACAAUUUUGUAACAUAGAGCUGUCAUAUUUUAAGGCUGUCUUGAAAUUAAGUCUAUAAAUGUAUAAACUUAUAUAAUUUGUUUAUUAUGUUAGAACUGGAAGAGAUCUUAAGAAUGAUAUAUGUAGUUCAGUGACAUUCUUUUAUAGAUAAGGAAAAAGAAAUCCUGAAAGAUGAAUUUAACUAAUUUAAUCAAUUAAAGGUGAAUCAACUAAUUAAUCAAUGAAAGUUACACAAUUACAACUUACUAUUGUUAAUACAAUUAAUUGUAAUUACAGUUAAAUAACUUAAUUUUAACGGUCUGUACUGGAUAGCCCACUGCAAGACUCUCCCUCUAAUAGGAAGUAGAAACUACUACUAAAAAUAUAGGUAGAAUAAAUUAUAAUAAGGGAUGAUAAGAACAAAUUUAAUUUACCAAAUAUUGUUAAUUACAAUUUUAGAUACUAAAAUCAUUUAACUUAAAUGUGAUUAUUUUCUUAGAUAAAACUUUCCUGAAGAACAAUGAUUUUCUUAGUAAUUGAAGAAAGCUGAUUGGUAUCAGGACUGUAGACAAAAUUGACUUACAUUAGACAUUUAGAUACAUAAUAAAAUUUAAACUUCAUAAGUAAGUAGAAAAUUAUGUGCCUUGAUUAUUAUUAAGUAUGAUGACUUGGGGUUCAGUUUUACUCCAAAUGUACUUAGAGAAUCUAAGAUUACAUCGCAGAGUUCUAGGUUUCCAUGUUCAGAUAGUAAAAUAAAAUACAAAAUAUCAACAAAAUGUAGUUAUGAAUUUAGUUUCAGAUAAUCCUAUACCCAGGGAAAAUCAUUAAGUAUAAAUUAUUAUUAAUAAUCAUUCUUAACAUUGCUUACCUCUAAGAGGUGAAUAGUUAUAUGUAAAUAAAAGGAAUAGCAAAGAAAUGGUAAAGGUUCAAAUACCAUGAAUGUAUUCUAAUGGAAAUGAAGGUAACAAUACAUUAAAAUAUUUAUCUAUUUUC